CGUCAUGGUGGGGUUAGAGCAACGUGGUGGAGGUAAAGAUGUUGGCAUUGUUAUCUAUUACAUUUUGAGCCCCAAGCUUAUCUGCUGAUAACGUGGCGGCAGCGGUUGAAACUUCAGUCACUUGCUUCCACCAGACCCGUAAGGGGGCCUGUAGAUAAGGCUGUUUAACAACGCAGCACGUCCGACCCUUGUUUGCUGCGAAGAAGGGGGAAAUCGAACCAUUUUUGGUGGGGAGUGAGUUGCUGGGAUGGGUGUGCGAGCAGCUGUGAUGGUGGUGGUGUCGGUGGUGAUGGCGACUGGUGUGGCUGCAGCCCCUCAGGAUGGCAUCACGCUCACCACCGGGUACCAGGGGGUGACAGUAGCCAUUAGCGACCAGUUAGACCAAAACCAAUGUGCUCAGUACAUCGACAGCAUCAAGGCCAUGAUCACUGCGGCCUCUUCACUGUUGUUCACAGCCACCGGGGGAAAGGUUUUCUUUGGAGACGUGGUGAUCGUGGUGCCCCAGCAGUGGGCGUGCCAGGGCAACCCAUCCCAACCCACGCAGCUGGUGUACAUGUGGGACUCCGCGCACCUCAGGGUGGGUCCCUCCCAUUACCUCUUCGGCGGCAACCCCUGGACGCAGCAACCCGGUGGCUGCGGCGAGCCUGGGGACUGGAUUUAUGUACCUGAGAAUUUUCUGUUGGAUAAUACCAACGUGGGCAACCCAGGGAAUGUCCUGGUGCACGAGUGGGCCAAGUUCCGCUGGGGAGUGUUUGAGGAGUAUGGCCACCUGCACGACGCCAUCUUUCCCCAAGUUUACCUCGACGACACCAACACCAUCACGCCCACCUACUGCACCGACAAUCAGCUGGAGGGCGCCAUGUCGUGUUCGGGAGACACCGAAGCAGAUUGCCAGUUCAUCCCUGAGUUGAUACAAAACACCAGUGUCACCUCCUCUCUCCUCGCCGCUCCCUUCCUCGACUCGGUGAUUAACUUUUGCGAUGCCGCCACGCACAAUGCAGCAGCGCCCACCAAACACAACCUGCUUUGUGACCAGAGCAGCGUCAUGGACGUGAUAGCUUGGCACACGGAUAUGAGCGGGAACUCUCCGAUCAGCUUGGCGAGCACCAACUUCACGGUGGUGAGUGCGGAGCAGGACUGGCCGCGCACGGUGUUCCUCUUGGAGUACACCACCCUGAUGGCUUCGGAUGUGAAUGGGGAACCGGUGGUAGGACGCUGGGAGCAGUUGCGUGAUAAUGUGCGCCAGUUCAUCUUGCAGGAGGCUGCAGCGGAGAGCUAUGUGGGUGUGGUUAUGUUUGGAAGCAAGAUUGAGGCUUCCUUACUGCUUCCACUCAUUAGCAAGACGAAUAGAGAGCACCUGGCUAGCUUAAUUUAUGAAUCUUCGCCUUACGAGGGGAGCAAGGUCCUGGGUACAGCAAUCCAGAGGGGAGUUCAGGUACUUGGUCCCCAAGGAGGAACGCUGGUGCUUCUGACGCAGAACUUGCAAGAAUAUGCACUUCUCCCAAAUGAAAAUCUGGUGGAGGCAGCCGAUAACAAUCCUGUGUGGCCAAUUCUAUACCCUAGCAACCCUUCUGUGCCCACGCAGAUCUAUGAACAACUCGCUGGUAUUUCUCCAGACACGUCCAUCCUCACAAUACAGAAUGAUCUCAUCACCACUGGUGAUUAUACUUACCAGUCCGUUGGUGGAUCUGCAGGGCUUCACGGCAGCUUACUGACUGCUGCUGGCAGCCCAGCGGUCCGGGUGGUGAGUGGUAACUGUCAAGCUAGCAGCUGCACCAUUCCCCUUCAGGUGAACGACAACACUGCGUACAUCUCUCCAGCUUAUGUUAAAGUCUUCAAGUACCAAACUGAUUUGGCCAUGAUCAGUGUCACUGACCCAACUGGCAGGGAGAUUAAUCCUGCUGACGAAAGGAAUUCAGCCAUCUUGUAUCCAAUUAGCACGUUACAGAAUGGUGGGUACCAAGUAUCCAUGAGGAAUUCCGCAAAGUCUAUGACCGUGAUAGCAGAACUCUGGGCCACUCCCACUCCGGCGCCGUUCGAUCUGGAGGUGUCGGCGUGGAGUCCCAAAGGACUUCACAAUCUGCCAUAUUCCAAAGGAUCCGCUCCACGCCUGCUGGCCACGGUCACCAAAAACGCUUCUUCACCGGUAUUGUUUGCGGACGUCACGGCGAUGGUGGCUAAUAAGAAUACUCCAGGGACUCCAGUCAACAUCACUCUUAAUGACAGUGGUACAGGGGCCGAUGUGACGGGGCAGGACGGAAUCUACUCUGGCUACUUGGUGGGAUUCCAACCUAAGGACGACGUCAGCAUCACUUUGACAGUUACGGACAACAAUGGACAGGCCAAGAUGGUGGACACCUCCCUCAGGGCCGCCCCGACCAUCUCAGGAGACGUGGCUUGCUGUGGCAGCCAGCUGAACGUGUCAAGCCUUCAACUUAUAACCAUCGGAAGCUUUACGUUUUCCUCGUCUGCUGUCUCGGGACGGUUCACGGGAGUGCCACCUGUGACGCUUCCCCCAGGACGAGUGACGGACCUCGAGGCGUCGCGUAGUGGACGUGAUGUGACCCUCUCCUUCACAGCUCCGGGAGCACAGCUUGACCAGGGCCAAGCCGAAUGGUAUGCAGUUCAUUGCCAACUGGGUGGCGUGGACCUGUCCCCCAUCGGCAACUUCUCUGGGGUGUUGGCGGGGUCAACGGUGCAGGAUCAGGUUACACUUCCGGGCUGCAACAAAGUGUACACCUUGACUGUCGUGGCGUACUACAACGGCUCGUACGGCAGCGCCUCCAACGCUGUGCGAGAAAUGGCGGCGUGCAGCUCAACGAAUAAUCUGUCACCCGGAGCCAUCGCUGGCAUCACCAUCGGCUGCAUCCUGGGAGUUCUCCUCAUAGUUCUCCUCGUCUAUUUGGGUCUUAACAGCGAUCACCUGGAUGACCUGUGGGUGUGGAGGAUGCUGACUUGCCGCUGCUGUCCCUGCUGCAAGGACACCAAGGAUGACGAUGACCUGUACAGCCCGCCAUCUCGGGCCAGACGGACUGACUACAUUCGCGGUAACACUGAAUCCGCGAGGCCAGUGCGCAGCUUGGCUGACCUGUACUCCAGACCAAAUGUGGAGGCCAAGAAGGAACAGCGACAGACCAGACCUCAAGACGAAGACGACGGAGGGUUUGGAGAACGUAUGAAGCAAGAUAAAAUGCAGAUGAAAUCUACAGAAGAUGCUGAAAGUCUGGCGUCGUCGCGCAGCACUCUGCCCAUCAAUCAAGUGGGCCUCCCUGUCGGUGGCGACAACCAUGCCUACGACGACGGCCCCUACACUAUCUACAGGAACGCCCCCCCUGUGCCUGCACAGCGUAGGGCAAAUACGCAGGUGUAGGGCGAGCUGUGUUCGUGAAAAGUUGAAAACCAUAAUGCAUCCUACACAUCUACAACACCUGCACAUAUUCCUCUCCCAACACCCCCUUGCACCUCUUCCUACAGCGUGUCCUUUACCUUUCCACACCAUCUAUGAGAUCACCACACCCCCACCUCCACCUUAGUGCUCUGGCAAGAGACUCAAACUCCACAAAUGUUUCCCCAACAAUACAAUUACUACGCAAUGACGUGAUUUUGUGGUAUAAUACCGAUAAUAACUUUUAAGCAGUAAAUCUUUAUUUUAUUCAACAUUAAAUCGUAUUUCAUUGAGUUUUUAUAUUGCUACUGUUAUUUCUGUUGUUGUUGUAAUUACUAUUAUUAUUAUUAUUAUUAUUAUUAUUAUUAUUAUUAUUAUUAUAAUUAUUAUUAUUAUUGUUAUUAUUGUUAUUGAUUAUAAAUAUGCAAGCUAUGCAAUAAUGAUGAUGAUUAUAAUAAUAAUAAUAAUGAGAGAGAGAGAGAGAGAGAGAGAGAGAGAGAGAGAGAGAGAGAGAGAGAGAGAGAGAGAGAGAGAGAGAGAGAGAGAGAGAGAGAGAGAACGCUCGCUCGACUUGCCGCUCCCAGAGUCAAAGAAAGGGUGAAGGAAAGCUAGCCAGUUGAAUCUGUAAGGUGUGUUUGAUUCAUUGCAAUGACGCGUGAACCCAUAACGUAUCAAUGGCCACAGAUCCAUGACAGCUGUCUUCCUGUCAGUGAAGGGACGCAAGUUUGGUAUCUUAGUAUUGUUAGGUGAGGGAAAGUUUGCCUUUUUGUGGCUGUGCUUUCCUUUAAUUUCUACUAAAUACAUGUUUUUCUUUUUCA